CAGUAAUGCAAAAAUGAAGGUUCUAACAGCAAAUUUUGUGACAUGUGCUGUGAAAAGCUGCAAAGCGUCCCCUACUUCAUUCCCACUCCAUUUCCAUAAUGCAGAGCUUGAGCAGCAGGAGAUUGAGUUCUCACCCCAAUUACUCUACAAUAUCCUACCUCGCAUAGACUGGGAUGCACUGCAAACAACAGCAAAUGAACUAGGUUUUGCGGGUCUAGUUGAUUCAAAGCCAGAGAAGGACCAGUUGCAAAACGAACAACUAUUACGAGACCUCCACCGGCUUCUACUUGAAACUUCCGUUGUCGAGGGUAAACUCGUUUGCGGCAACUGUGGGCACGAGUACAAGAUUAAAGAGGGGAUUGCGAACUUUUUGCUCCCGAGUCACUUAGUCUGAGGGUAUAGUAAAUUAUUGAGCGAGUGGUUGAUAUACGAGAAAGUUCAUCAGGAUCCUGGGCAUGAUGUAAAGCCUUUCGAAGCAUCAUUUAGUGACGGACGAGGAAGGGUGCACGCAUCGCGUAUAGAAGUUGCUAUGGUCAUUAUUAUAAGCAACAAAGAAGAUCUCCCCGCAAUUCCAUAUCGAAAAAGGCAGCAUCUAUUAUCAAGCCUCUUUCUAGGCCCGAUUACAGUACCGCCAAGUCAACCAAUAGGCCUCUAAACGGUAUCCUCGCUUUCAUUGGGCCCGCAGGCUUCGAUAACUACAUUGAUAUAUAUGUAUGCUUCAUACAUACUUAUUCGCAAUACUUAGGCAGCAUCUCCCAUAGAUGUUAGGAUGAUUGCAAACAUGUCAUUUUUCUUGCA